AAUCCGUCCUCAGUGUGUAUCGCCGCUCCAAACCUCCACACUGCAUCACGCCCUGAGUGGAAUGGAAGAAAAGGACAAUAAAGAAAAUGGGGAGUAUAUCGGAGAGAUAAAAGGUGGGCUGCGGCCUUCAAUGAAACUGGUUGUGAUGGGAAUUGUUGACAAAAAAGCCAAGAGCAUUGAGGUGACUCUUUCCACUAAGCCACAGGAAGAGGAAACCGAGGGUGAUGUGGGUCUGCAGUUAAAAGUCAACUUUAGAGAUAAGGCUGUCCAAAGAAAUGCCCGUUUGGACGGAAAAUGGGGCUCUUCUGAAAAUACCCUCUCCUUCUUUCCCUUUGCACCUGGAGAAUCCUUCAAGAUGGAGAUCGUUUGUGAACACCAGCAGUUUCGUAUUUUGGUGGAUGGACAGCCUCUGUGCGGCUUCACUCACCGCCUCUCCCAGCUUGCCUCCCUCACAGCCUUACGAGUUUUUGGCGAUCUACAGCUUACCAAGGUGGCCUAACACCAGCGCCUCAUACACAGAUACCUAACAUGAGGAUGCCCUGGGACAGUAUACUAUACAAUAAGUAAGAUUAGACUAGACUACUACUUUCUAAGUGCAUAAAUUUCCCCAUGAGGGGAAUGUUGUGUUUCCAUUUUCAGACAAAGUUACACCUGCCUCGUAAUCACAUGUUAAGACAAAGUGCCUUCACUAAGAUUACCUGUCUGGAGACUUGAAGAUCUUGACUGAAUGUACCAGUCAUUGAUCUCUCAAAUCAAAUGAGGGGAAAGUGAUUUUAACUAAAGUUAAUUAAGUUAUAAAAAAUGCGAUCUGAGCUCUACUAUUUUUCCUGAACGAACAUUUGUACAAACAUGAUGUGUUACAUCAAAAAUGAAGUUUUUGUGAUCUAAGAAAAAGAGAUUUCAGGCAUUUUGUCUUUGAUUUCUCUGGGGUUAACCUUUGAAAGCACUUAUGUUUACGAGCGCCCGCAUCAAGGUGAAUGUUUCUGAAACUGAAUACCUAACAAAGAUUGUCAUUCUGUGCAAACGAAGUACUGUAACAGGAAUAAUAAUGUAAAACAAAAAAACCCUCCAUUACUGCAUGCCAGUGUGACAGUGUGCUUGUGUCCUGAUUAAACACAAUGGUGGAUGGAUGUGAGUCUGUCAGACUUUCAGUUUUUACCAACUUUGGCUUUGAAAACACCCGACAGUUUGUGUGCUUCAUUUACAACUAGCACUUUUUAUGUGAAUGUUUCAUAAUGACUUUAAUUCAUUGCAAUAAAUCAAAUUUGUUGUUA